AUCCUCCUCCUCAUCUUGUUGCUCUUCUUCUUCUUGUAUAUCUGCAGCCCAACGAUGCAGACUAAAGGAAGCUCCUGCUGCUGCUCCUUUGAGGACUACAAGCUGACCACUGAAUGGCUACUGAACCAGACCCGGCAUCGACCCAAGGUGGCCGUAAUCUGUGGAUCAGGACUUGGGCUACUGGCUGAAGGAGCUACUAACAAACAGACCUUCAGGUACCAGGACAUCCCGAAUUUCCCCGUCAGUACAGUUCCAGGUCAUGAAGGCUGCCUGGUGUUUGGGACAAUCGAUGAAACCCCCUGUGUCUUCAUGAAGGGUCACUUCCAUCUGUACGAAGGUUACUCGCUCUGUCAGGUCACCUUCCCUGUUAGGAUCUUCAAGCUGAUGGGAGUGGAGUCCGUGUUGGUGACAAACGCCUCUGGAGGAAUCUGCCCGGACUUUAAGGUCGGAGACAUCAUGAUCAUUAAAGACCACAUUAACCUACCGGGGUUUGCUGGACAGCACCCUCUGUGUGGACCCAAUGAUGAGCGGUUUGGGAUCAGGUUUCCCUGCAUGUCAGACGCAUACAGCAAAGACCUGAGGACUCUGGCUCUGGAUGUCAGUUCUGAGCUUGGCUGCAGCGACUUCAUCAGAACCGGAGUCUACUGUAUGGUGAGCGGACCCAACUUUGAGACCAUCGCUGAGGCCAGAAUGCUGCUGACGCUGGGCUGCGACUCUGUGGGCAUGAGCAUGGUUCCUGAGGUGACUGUGGCCAAACACUGUGGACUCAGAGUUCUGGGUCUGACCCUCGUCACCAACAAGGUGUCUCUGGACUACAGCCAUGAAGAAAAGGUGAACCACAAUGAGGUUCUGGAGAUCUGCAAGAUGAGGGCGGAGCUUCUGCAGAAACUUGUCACCACGUUGAUUGGCCGCUGUCAGCAGAACAUCAACACGCACUGACUCACACCUGAGACACGGACAUCUAUGACAGGGCCAGGAUCAGCUGGUUCUUGUUGGGUUCACCAGUUUCGUUCUGCUGGGUUGGAAGGUGUUGUGGUGGAUCACAAAUGUUCGAGCAUGUAAGCUGGUUCUUGUCAGGUUCUGAUCUAGAGGUCUCUGUGAGUGUGGCAAUCAAACAUUAAACGUUUUUCAGUGAAUGAAAA